AUGAAUAAUAAAAAUCAAGGAAAUGUUGUUUAUGGCCAAGAAUUGGCCCAUCUUCUUAGGGACAAUAUCAAUGAAUCAACUAGAUAUAAGAAGAAGUUGACAACAAUAUUAUUGAAAAAGGAAAGCUUUUCCUUUUCAUUUCCUACACAUUUUGAUGUAACAUGUUUCUCUGGUAUAGACAAUAUGUUGUCUAAUCUUAAGUGUUGGGAUGUUGAAUGUCGAAAAAGGAAUUCAGGAAUGUGUGAUACGUUCUAUACACAUGACAUUGUAACUGGUGGGCAAAAACUAAGAUCAGUUACAGAAGUUGUAAAUCGUUUACUUCCUAAAGAAUAUGCCAAGUUAGAGAAAAGGAAAAGAAAGAUAAAGGUGGACAGUGAAGUUGAGGAUAUGGAUAAUAAUGCUAAAACUGAGGUUAAGAGUGGUGAUUUGCAUCUUCCUAGUGCUUAUGUACCUAAAAAGAAGAGAAACUAUAAAAAGAGGAUCCCAAAAGAAAAACAAGUUGAAAAGGAGAAUAAUAUGGCAAUUAGCUCUUCAACUUAUCUUAAAGAGACUCUUGAAGACCAAAACAACAAUCAAGUAGUUGAAAAUAAUUUUCGGCCUUUUAUGAUUGAGGACAAAGUGAACAAUCCAACCGUUGAAAGUAUUUCUUGUCCUCUAGAAAUCAAGAACAAAGCAAACAGUUCUCUUGAAAAAGAAUUUUCUCCUCAUGAGAUCGAAGAAAAAGAAAAUAGUUCUAAAACCCAAGUCAAAUUGAUAGCUAGUUUUAAGAAUGAUCUAACAUUAGCUGAAGACAACAAUAACUGUGAUGUCUUGCCUGAGAUUACUGAAGAUUUUUCUGAGUAUGAAGAUCUCAUAGCAAUUUUUCUUAAUAAUUUUUAA